AUGCGGCUGCUGUCUGUCCUCCUCGUCGCCGUCACGGCUGCGGCCUCCUCCACAGCAAUGCAGCAGCAGCAGACAGAGCUCUUCUACCAGCCCGUUGUGCCAGCUUCGAAACCGGUCGAGUUAGCGCAGAUAAGUUACGAUCCGACGACGCUUCGGUCCAAGGUUGUGUCCUACACACCCCCCGAGCCCUCGAGCCCCCAGGCGGACGGUGAUCUGAUCCGGGUUAGCGUGUCUCCCCAGUCCAGCGGCUGGGCUGGUGUCCUCUCCUCGCGCGCUCUCCUUCAGCCGUCUCCCUCCAGCAGCCAUGUUCCCACCUUAUCCCUCUAUCUCGAUGCUGAGGGCAGGGUGUAUCACGUCGGGAUAUCGUCUUCCCCGCCGUCACGAUCGAGCCCCGCCGGCAGCCAUCAGAGCCAGGCCGGGAAACCAUCGCCGGUUAACGUGCAACUUGUCCGCUCUGGACCUGCUGCCGUGGUACAGUUGAAUAAGCCCAUUGUCAGAAGGGUAGAAGAUCCGGACGAUGAGCAGAUAGAGGUUCCAUUGGCGAACUCGCUGCUCCAGAAGUGA